AGAGAGCCUCUGAGCGUGUGCAGUAUGUUUGGAAAAGUGCGUGCCCUGACACAACAUGUUUGAAGAGCUCCUGCAGGCUCCUGCUUUGGCCUCCUGGUUGGGGCUUCUUGCAGGCUUGCUGGCCGUCUAUCUUUUGUACUCCAGUUGGACUUUCCAGGAUGAACUGAAGCGUCCUCCUGGACCCAGACGUCUUCCCUUGCUUGGUAACCUGCAUCAGUUGGAUCUCAAUUGGCUUGACAAGUCCCUAUUUGACCUGUCUAAAAGGUACGGACCGGUGUUUACCGUAUACUUGGGACUCAAGAAGGUGGUGGUCCUGGCUGGAUGCAAGACAGUCAGACAGGCUCUAAUCAACCAUGCUGAUGAGUUUGGGGAGAGAGAAAUCAACCCUUUAUUCCAUGAUUUCACCAAAGGGCAUGGCUUGGACAUAGAUGGUGUGUGCUCCUUCGACGCAGCGGGAUUACAGGACGAGCCAGGCGUGAAUUCAGGCAUCAUAUUCGCCAAUGGUGACAGCUGGAAGGAAUUGAGGCGCUUUACCUUAACAACCCUGAGAGAUUUUGGGAUGGGCAAGAGGCUGAGUGAGGAGAAAAUCACAGAGGAGUGUCACUACCUGAUUGAGGAGUUUGAAAAACAUAAAGGCAAAGCCUUUGACACAACAACACUCCUCAGCUAUGCAGCUUCAAAUAUAAUUUCGGCCAUCAUGUUCGGAGAGAGGUUUGACUUUAAAGAUCCACUCCUCCAGGAUAUGGUGAAAAAUGACCAAGAAACCAUCCGCCUGUCUGGAUCAGCUUCCAUCGUGAUCUACAAUGUGUUUCCAUGGCUGGGUCCUUGGCUUAAAAUCUGGAGAGAUUUAAUGAAGAAUGUGGAGAUCAACAAACAGCAUUUAUUGCAAUUAAUAAACAAACUAGAGGAAACUUUCAAUCCUGACAUAUGUCGGUGCUUUGUCGACGCUUUCUGCACACGUAAGCUGAGUCUGGAGCAGUCUGAUGCUCAGAGGGUGCACUACCAUGAUGACAACCUGGUCUACAGCGUGAUGAAUUUGUUUGCCGCUGGAACUGACACAACAUCCAACACUCUUCGCUGGAGUCUACUUUUAAUGGCCAAGUACCCUCGAAUACAAGAUCGGAUCCAGGAGGAGCUUAGUAGAGUGGUGGGAGACCGUCAGAUCACAAUGGAGGACAGGAGGAACCUGCCUUACAUCGAUGCUGUCAUCCACGAGACUCAGAGGUUCGCCAACAUCGUCCCUACGUCCAUAACUCACAGCACCAGCACAGACGUCACCUUCCAGGGAUACUUCAUUGAAAAGGGGACCACUGUGCUCCCUCUGCUGACAUCUGUCCUCUAUGAUGAGAGUGAGUGGGAGACACCAAACACCUUCAACCCUUCCCACUUCCUGGACAAGGAGGGUAAAUUCAUCAGGAGGGAUGCUUUCUUGCCCUUCUCUGCAGGCCGCAGGGCUUGUCUUGGGGAAGGUCUGGCCCGGAUGGAGCUCUUCCUCUUCUUCACACACCUCCUGCAGCGCUUUCGAUUCACACCUGCACCCGGGAUGUCCGAGGACCAGCUGGAUUUGACCCCAGUGGUGGGCUUUACACUCAGUCCUCUACCACACCAGUUGUGUGCUGUGAGUCGCCACUGAGAAGAAGUUGUUUAGAUAAAAGUAAACGGAGUGUCUAAUACCUUUGCACUCACUCUGGCAAUUUUGGAAUAAUGAUUAACAUUAUUAACAGUAUAAUUUGAUAAAAUAUCAAAAAAAUGCAAAUAAUGACCACAAUUUGAGAUUUGAAACACUUUGAAAUGGUUCACUUCGAUACUUAUAAUAAAUGAUAAAUGGGUUGUACUUGUAUAGCGCUUUUCUACCUUCAAGGUACUCAAAGCGCUUUGACACUACUUCCACAUUUACCCAUUCACACACACAUUCACACACUGAUGGAGGGAGCUGCCAUGCAAGGCGCCAACCAGCACCCAUCAGGAGCAAGGGUGAAGUGUCUUGCUCAAGGACACAACGGACGUGACGAGGUUGGUACUUAUACUUAAACUUAUACUUUGUAUUAGUUUUUGUAAUUGUGUUAAAGUGGUCCAAAACCAAAUACAUUUAGUUUUAUAUUUUGUGGAUUCUAUCCUGAAUAAAUAAGAUUUUGCAAAUUUAGUUUGUCCUGAUGGGCAGCACGGUGGACCAGGGGUUAGAAUAAGAAUGUCCUGGGUUUGAUCCCUGGACUCCCACCUCCGAAGACAUGCACCCGGGGAUAAAUUGAUUGGCAACACUAAACUGAACCGAGUGUGUGAGUGUGAAUGUUGUCUGUCUAUCUGUGUCGGACCUGCGAUGAGGUGGCGACUUGUCCAGGGUGUAUGCCGCCUUCCAGCCACCCCGUCACUUUCUCCUACUAAUACAAUGUACCCUCUGUUAAAGUCAAACACAAUAAAGCAAAGUGCAAUAAUUCAUCCAAAAUUCCAA